GGUAAGCUUACCAUGAAAGGAAGGUUUGGGAUGUUGUUGCUACACAUAGAUGUGAAAUGAGUCAAGCGGAACUUUGAUUACAAGGAAUUUCAUAUGCUCCUUCCCACCAUGGAUUGCCAAGAAAAUGAGUACUGGGACCAAUGGGGACGGUGUGUCACCUGCCAACGGUGUGGUCCUGGACAGGAGCUAUCCAAGGAUUGUGGUUAUGGAGAGGGUGGAGAUGCCUACUGCACAGCCUGCCCUCCUCGCAGGUACAAAAGCAGUUGGGGCCACCACAGAUGUCAGAGUUGCAUCACCUGUGCUGUCAUCAAUCGUGUUCAGAAGGUCAACUGCACAGCUACCUCUAAUGCUGUCUGUGGGGACUGUCUGCCCAGGUUCUACCGAAAGACACGCAUUGGAGGCCUGCAGGAGCAAGAGUGCAUCCCGUGCACGAAGCAGACUCCCACUUCUGAAGUUCAAUGUGCCUUCCAGUUGAGCUUAGUGGAGGCAGAUGCACCCACAGUGCCCCCUCAGGAGGCCGCACUUGUUGCACUGGUGAGCAGCCUGCUAGUGGUGUUUACCCUGGCCUUCCUGGGGCUCUUCUUCCUCUACUGCAAGCAGUUCUUCAACAGACAUUGCCAGCGUGGUGCAGGAGGUUCGCUGAAGUUUCAGGCUGAUAAAACAGCAGAGGAGGAAUCUCUCUUCCCCAUGGCACCCAGCAAGGAGACCAGUCCUGAGCCCCAAAUGAGUGAGAGCAUCUUUCAGACCCAGCCACUUAACCCUAUCCUCGAGGACGACUGCAGCUCGACUAGUGGCUUCCCCACACAGGAUUCCUUUACCACGGCCUCCUGCGCCUCAGAGAGCCACUCCCACUGGGUCCACAACCCCAUCGAAUGCACAGAGCUGGACCUGCAAAAGUUUUCCAGCUCUGCCUCCUAUACUGGAGCUGAGACCUUGAGGGGAAACACAACCGAAAGCACUGGAGACAGACUGGAGCUCAAUGUGACCUUUGAAGUUCCCAGCCCUUAACUCUAAUGAGGUGAGCUGGAAAGGUGGAUCAGAAAAAAUAAAAACAACAACAGAAAACAAAACAGAAAUUAAGGACUAGCCUCAAGGAAUUCCCCUCUGGAAUAUUAUUGUUUACUAGGAGUGGAGGAACAGCAGCAAGCUAGGAACACUUGUGGGUGGAGGGGCAACAGUGGUGAUGCUAUACUUUUAAGUCAGAUAGAUAUCACACUUCUGGGUCUGCAGCUGUCAGGGAACUGGCAAGGUUGUCAUGACACCAGUCUCUCCAUUCUGGCCUUUUUCAAGCUGUCUCAGGGCGCCACUAUCUAAUGGUCAUAUUCAGGUAUCUCCCUUUAUGUGUACAAGCAAUAUGGCACAGUAGAAAAAAAAAUAUACAAGCCUUGUCAUCUGGAAACCCUACAUUUCAAAUCAACCUCCAUUCCCUAAUAACUAUACAAACCUUGUGCGUAUAUCCCUUCAUUUUACGUUUUACAGAGGCAGGAACUGAGACACAGAGAGGGAAAGUUAGUUUCUCAAAGUCACAGAGCAAAUUAGUGGGCUAGAACUGGGCAAGAACUACAUUUUAGAGUUGGUCCAACUCCACCAUUGCAACCAUUUGAUAGCCAAUGUUGGUUUCUCAAAGGCUUACGUAGCAUGAGGUAGAAGAGUAGGUAGAUUCCCAGUUUUCAACUAACCAAAUAUCUUGCACUGUUCAAUUCUGUAUUUCUUCAGUUAAUACAUUUUCAGCUCUCCCAAUGUCUUCCCUGCUCCCUGCAUCCAACCUAAGAAAAUGUGAACAAAUGUACAUUUGAAAGUCACAAGUGAUAUCAAAUUUGAAAGUUAUAACUGAUAUCAAAUCAGUCAACUUAGGUACCUUCAAGGUUAUCUAGUCCAGUUCUUUUUCCAAGGCUUGGGUUCAUUUUAUAAUAUCCCCACUAAGAGUUUGUGUAGUCCUUGCUCACAUACUUGAGGUGGCAGAGGGCUGACUACUACUCAAUGUAUAUUACAACAUAUACAAUUGUGACUGGUGGAUUUGAGCUCAAUGUAAGAAAGAGCUUUCCCUAUAGUACCCGCCUAUCCAUCCUGGCUCUGUUCCUUGUGCCAGACAGACCUCAUCAGUUUCCUGUGCUUUAAGAUAGCCCUGCAGAGGCUUGAAGACAACAUUGCCUCUCUGGAGAAUACCACUUUAGGUUCUUCUAAAGUAUGUGGAGCUUAGAACUAAACCCAUCUUCAGGAUAAAUGGUUUCACCAAUGUAGAAUAGGGUAGAAUUGUCAUAUCCCUAUCUAAGUAAUGUGUUUCUGCUAUUACAUCCUCAACCAUUGGCUUAACCUGUGAUAUUUGGAGGGGUAGAGAGAGAAGGGUACUCGUGACAUUUACCCACAUGUUUCUAACUUGAUCUGCUCCCUCCCUAAGUCUCUUUGGCUCCUGGCAGCCAGUUGUUCUCUCUGGACUCUGCUUCCUUGUUGCUAUACCACAACAGCAGCAGGGGCCUGAAAUGGGGUGUCCGCAAGAGCUAAUACUCUACAGAUGUGGCAUAUCCUGUCCCAUACCACCAGAAUACUCUA